AUGAAUGUAAAGGUAGUGAGAUCUUUCUUAGGGCAUGCCGGGUUUUAUAGAAAAUUCAUCAAGGAUUUCUCGCUCAUUGCAAAACCCCUCAAUGAUCUUCUUCAAAAGGAUACCGAGUUUGUAUUUGAUGACAAGUGUUUGGAGGCAUUUAAUAAGUUGAAGAAAGCUCUAAUCUCUACUCCUAUUGUUCAAGCUCCAAGCUGGGAUUUACCAUUUGAGUUGAUGUGUGAUGCAAGUGAUUCGGCAAUAGGAGAUAUCUUGGGUCAAAGAGUGGACAAGAAACUUUCUAAUAUGAGGUGUCUUGGAGCGGAAAAUUUUGUGGCGGACCAUCUUUCUCAUCUAGAAGAUUCUCAAAUUCAUGAUGAUGGUUCUCCGAUUGAGGAUAGGAUGUUUGAUGACUUCUUGUAUGCUAUUGAAGCAAAGGAGCUCCCAUGUUUUGCCGAUUUAGUGAACUUUCUUCCAUGUGGGGAGUUUCCUCAUUCCUUUUCUAAGAACCAAAGAAAGAAGCUCAAUAGAAAGGCAAUGCAUUAUGUCUAG